AUUUCAGCGGGAUUCCAGGAGCUAUCUUUGGGGGAGAGAGGAGGCCGUCGAAGAGAUUUCCAUGACCUUGGGGUGAAUACCAGACAGAAUUUAGAACAUGUUAAAGAGUCAAAAACAGGUUCUUCAGGCAUCGUAGUAAGAUUAAGCACAAAUCACUUUCGACUGACAUCUCGUCCCCAGUGGGCUUUGUAUCAGUACCAUGUUGACUAUAACCCACAAAUGGAAGCCAGGAGACUCCGUUCAGCUUUACUUUUUCAACAUGAAGAAUUAAUAGGAAGGUGUCAUGCUUUUGAUGGAACAAUAUUAUUUCUACCCAAAAGACUACAAAAUAAGGUUACAGAAGUGUUUAGUCAGACUCGGAAUGGAGAAACUGUGAAGAUAACAGUCACCUUAACAAAUGAACUUCCACCCACUUCACCAACUUGUUUACAAUUUUAUAACAUUAUUUUCAGAAGGCUUUUGAAGAUCAUGAAUUUGCAACAAAUUGGACGUAAUUAUUAUAAUCCAAGUGAUCCGAUUAAUAUCCCAAAUCAUAGGUUGGUAAUUUGGCCAGGAUUCACUACCUCCAUUCUUCAGUAUGAGAAUAACAUUAUGCUGUGUACUGAUAUAAGCCAUAAGGUUCUUCGAAGUGAAACUGUUUUAGAUUUUAUGUUCAGCCUGCAUCAACAGUUUGGUGAACAUCGAUUUCAAGAACAAGUCUCUAAAGAAUUAAUAGGAUUAAUCGUUCUUACCAAGUACAACAACAAAACCUAUAGAGUAGAUGAUAUUGACUGGGAGCAGAAUCCAAGAAGCACCUUUAAAAAAGCAGAUGGCUCUGAAAUCAGCUUUUUAGACUACUACAGAAAGCAAUAUAACACAGAAAUCACUGACUUAAAGCAGCCAGUUUUAGUCAGCCAGCCUAAGCGGAGGAGGGGCCCUGGUGGUAUAUUACCAGGACCUGCUUUGCUCAUGCCUGAACUCUGCUUCCUCACAGGUCUAACUGAUAAAAUGCACAAUGAUUUUAAUGUGAUGAAAGAUUUAGCUGUUCAUACAAGAUUGACACCAGAACAAAGGCAACGUGAAGUUGGAAGACUCAUUGACUAUAUUCACAAGUAG